AUGCAGAAAGUGGAUGAUCUCCAGCUCACGCCACGAUCGAGGGCUCUAGCCGAAGCAAAGGACUUCGGCAGCCUGCCUGGCAGCGCUACUGCUCUGGAGACGCGAGCUUCGGCAGAUGCGGGAGCACAGGAGCGCGUGUUUGUCCGCAGCCGGCCAUCGCCGGUCGUGGAUGUGACGAAGGCUCCGAAAACCUCGAGUUUGGCCGAGGCGGCUGCCUGGCAUCUCACAAAGCGCCGGGAGGUUCAGGCCAUGCGGGCACCCGAGGCCAAACCAUCGAGGCGCACCCGCCUCACGGAUCAACCGCCUGAGCCACCACGAGCUACCAGCAGGCGCUUGGCCCAUGCCAAGACGCUGCCUGCACGCCCACGUCCGCAGGUCUCUGAUCCUCGCAAGCCUAGGGGAUGUGUGGCUGCGCACCAGCGGAAGGAGGCACCGGGGCUGCCGGCCACAGAGAAGUCUCGGCGGUUGGAGAAGGCACUGACGGGCGAGCUUCCCGCGCCGGCCAGCUGGGCCGUAGCAGAGAGUCAGGUAAACUGGGCCGUGGACGAUGUGCUGCUGGAUCUGAGCAAAAAGGACCAAGACCUGUCCGAGUUGAUCCUCCCAGCUGACACCUCCACAGUUGAGAACAUCAGUCUCGAAGGGGAGGAGGACGAGAGCAAAGAGGAGGAGGGAAACGACGAAGACUUUGAUGCCUCCCCAUUUUCGGGUCUGGCAUUCCGCGUGACCAAGCUCCCUGAGGAGGCGACCUCCAGCGAGCUUCGGAAAAUGUGCCAAGAGCUGGAGCUCAAGGUGAUUCGUCUCCGACUCUCUGGUGACUCAGCAGAAGUGCUGGUCGGCCCGUUGCCAGAGCCAGAGCGGAGCAGGCGGAUGCACCUGCUCUCUUGCUUGCUGGAGAGCGCUGGCUGUUGCAUCACGGUCUCCGAGAACGAGAUCUGA